AUCCAAUCUAAUACCUCAAAACUCAGUGUACAGUAUUUCACCUUGAUGACUAAAAAGAAUAGGCAGAGCCUCCACUCCACCCUUUAUAUCAUGGCCUAACCUAGACUAGGUCACAACAAAGAGCCAAGAAGUGGAAUAUUCCAGACAACAAAACAAAAAGGCAGAAAUUGAAAAUGGCUUCAUUACUGACCUGACAGAGCAUCACCAGAAAGGAUAUUCUCUAGUGACGUCUAUGUGUGUCUAUAUGGAGAAGGAUAAUGGAGAAAGAUUUGCAAUGAUGUCCUGCCUUUGUGCCCAUACGUUUGUUUCAGAACCUGUAUGCGAUGUUCUGGUAUCACUCCCACUUUGAAAGGAGGCUCAUGGGUUACACAUACCGUUUAAUCACGUCUACUCACCCCCGCCCUACCACAAGUCUGAGAGCAUCCAAGUUGCCGUGGUAUGCCGCCCACAACGUCGGAGUCAUCCCAUCCUCGUCCGGGGAAUUCAGGUCUUUACGCGUGGCCUUUUUGAAAUUGAAGCAAACAAAAGAGACAGUUGUUAUUUUCCCACAUCCCCAAGAUGAGCCAAGAUCGUGAUGUGAAACGUCUUGCUGUGAAUGUUAACCCUGAGGGCAUUCUUGAUGUGAUCGAUUACUAUGACAGGCCAGGAGGUGCAUAUGCUGAAGGACCGUAUGCCAACGCAGACACAUAUGCAUAUGCCUUUACUGACAAACCAGGACAACGUGUCCCAAAAGCUGGAGCUGUAGUUGAAGCUGGAGUAGGACGAGCUGGAGCAGAGUGGAGCAUCUUUGAAGCUGAAGCCAAAGGGCCAAACGCUUCUGCAGCUGCUCAGGCUAAUGUCCUGGGAGCGAGUGCCAUGGCACGGGCUGAGGUUGGAAGUGCAUCAGCUUCAGCUGGUCCAGUUAAAGUGACCGCUGGUCUGGGAGUGGACACAGGUGUAAGAGCUGGUGCUGAUGGAGUAGAAGUUAAGUUCCUGGGUACUGGUAUUAAAGUUGGUGAAACUGGUGUUGGGGUUUCAGUGCUUGGAAGUGAAGUAAGUUGCGCAAUAAUGUAACUGAAGAACAAAAUCUUAUCAGAACUCUAUUUUUCUUGUGAAAAGGUUUGAAAUCAAUCAAGCAGUGAAUUUGAAGUGUUUGGAAGGGAUUGAUUUCAUUCUGAAUAGUUCUCAGUACAUCUAACAUUUGAGGACUGCUUUAAAAUGGUCUUCUUUUACCAUGUAACCAUGUAAAAUGAUUUAAAAAAAUAAUAAAACAACUUACAGAAAAAAAAGAAUGCUGUCUUAAAUUUGUAUUUGUCCAAAUCCUCAUUAGCCAGCUAAAGGGACAGCUACAGUGACAGAUGAAGGGACAAAUACUGCUGGCUUAAGAAGGCCUCAUAGUGCUGAGUUACUGUAACGUUUCCACUUGGAACAAGCGAGAGGCCGAAUGCCUGUGCAGGGGGCAGUUUAUUAACAGAGGAAAAACACAAUCACUGAGGGCAAAAUAACAGGGGCAAGGAGAAAACACUGAGGCAAAAUGAUACACAAACUAAACAAAUGGAAAAGCAACGGCAAACCAACGAGCAUAAUUAAACACGACAGAACAAAUGUAACUUACCAAAAUAACCAACAAAGUAGUAG